GGCUCCCGCCACGCUGCGGGGCCGGCCGGGCCGCGAUGGGCAACCCCCGGCCCGGGCCUCGGCGCUGCCCGCGGUGGCUCCUCUGGAGGGCGGGGGGCCCGGGCUGGGCCCCGGGGCCGCGGGCCGGGAGAAGCCGUGUCUGCCCUCGCGUGUCGGCAUCCCAGCCCCUUGCCCUGGGCGGGCUUGAUUUACCGUAAUUUACAGUCUGACGUUCAAAACCCAAUUAAAACCGAAUUAACAUAAACAAACACGCCAUAUUAGGCUUUAGGAACGGCAGAGAGGAGCGGGACCGGCUGGACGUGCGGAUGUUUCAGUGGGCUGGGCUGAGGCAGCAGCGCCCAACAGCGAGGCAGCACGCCGGGAAACCGCGUCCUAUUGGUUAUGUCAUAACGAGGAGCCAAAGGAGCAGUGAUGGAGUCGCUGGACACCGAGGUGAGAGCGCGGAAGACUCUGGGGACUGUUGAGUACGUGGAGUCUUCGGGUUUCCCGCAGGGCAUCCUGCCCACCAAGAAGGAUGUGGUGCAGAACAUGCUGUACCUGUUGCAGCCCAAGAGGGCUGGCCAGGCCCAGCGCUCCAAGGAGGAUGCGGCCCAGCUGCUGGCUGAGCACCUGCAGGAGCACUGGCUGGUGUGCAACCUCCACACCAUCGCCACCCAAAACAUAAAGAAACUCAUCCUCAAAAUGUACGAGGAGUUUACCAGAUUGUACCAGACCAGGAAGCAGAGACAGAACCAGGCGUUUACCGAGCGGGCGGACAAAUUCAACGAGAGUUCGGAGAAGCUCUUUGAUGUGUUUUGUACGGACGUGCAGAUGAGGAACAAACUGGAGGAAUUCAGUGGGAUAAAAAUGACCAGCAUCGAGUGGAAGUUCCUGGAAGAUCAAAGAAGCGAAAGGAAAAUGUACUACGAAGAUUUCACAGACAAGCAAGAGCUGAAGAUGAUGGAGAGAAGACAAAAGAUCCAGUGUCUGGAGCACUUCAGGAAGCUGGCCAGGGAGGAGAAGGAGGGGAGCAAAGCCAAGGAGGCCAAGUACAGAAGCGACGAGCAGUCGGAUGAGGGCACCAGUGUGGACGAGUCCUGCCCCGCGGGGGAGGAGAACGGGGCUCCCGCCUUCUCGCUGCGGGGCAGGAGGAAGCGCCGCUGCUCCGUGGCUGCCGCCGGCGCCGCCAUCCCGCUGGAAUGCCAGCACAUCCGCAUGAGCAUCCGCAGGGUCCGGCCCGGCUUCUACGAGACUGUGGAGAAGGUGAAGAACUGCUAGCGCUCCCGGGGCUGCUGGGGCACCAGGUGGCAAUGCACACCUGCGGCGAGUUUGAAAUCCCACCCUCGACUGGAAGAGAUUGUUGUAGAUCCCCCCCGGGCAGCGCGCGGGAGCGUCGGGCUCUGGGGAAGAGCACUGGGACAACAACCACGGUGGCAAGGACCCAAACACCCCAAUCUGGCAGGAUGGUCUGCCAGGUGCUCCCAGGUACCAGACCAUCUAAGGUUAUGUGGCGUGGAAGCCACCUCUUCACAGGUCCUGCCUUCACCAGCAGGUUUUUGGAAGUCUCUCACCACCUCUGAGCCAGGGGUGGCCUAACAGUAUGAAACAGGACUCGGUUUUACUGCAGGGAAAUCACUUGGACUCGUUGCUGACAGAAAAUCUGUGUGCUGAAAAGCCUCAACUCCCACCAGCUGUGGUGGGAGCAAGAGGGGCUUGGCCCCUUCCAGCAGGAUUCAGCAUUCCUGCUGGUAAGGAAGCUGGUUUCCAGCUGGUGUUGCCUAGUCCCAGAGAGGUGCCCAUGCUUGCUGAAGGGAUUGCUCUCUUGCUUGAGGGGGGGGAGAGAGACCAGGAGACAUUUGAGUGCUUUGGCUGUACAAGCGUUGUUGAUUCUGAAUGUUUUAUCCUAGAUUCUAUUUUAAUGACGUUUCCUUGAUUAGGAUAAACCUUCCCAUAACUGGAUGAGUUUUAACCUGAAGUCCCUGCUCCAGGGCCUGAGGUGUGAGCCCAAAGAAGUGGUAAUGUUUGAUCUGCUGGGGUCAAACAGGGGGAAGGACACAAAUUGUGCUAUGUAGGUUUAAGAUGGGAAGUAUUUUUUCAGGUGUUCCCCUGCCUUCCCAUGAGGCAGGGAAGACAAAGCCUUCCCCAGCAUGGGGAGCUGCCGCAUGCACAGCAAAGGGCACCAGAGUCUGGGCAGGCUCUUUCACCCCGGGGUCCUUGCAGACCAGCAGGGUGGAAGUGGCCCCAGCAGGGAUGUGUCUGUGAUUUCAGGUCCCUGCAGUCCCAGGGAUCUCCCAUUGGUAGUUAGAGUUGCUUUACUGUUUUUUUUAAAGACGAGAGACCUGAGCUUUUGGUGAAACCCAGUGCUGGAGAUCUCUCUGCUGAGAUCCCCAAAGCCUUGCCAGACUACACUGAAAAUUAAAGUCCCCGAGUCUCUGUCCACUGAAGCUCUGGCAGGAAGAGCACAAACUUGCCUGGUUUCCAGAUUUACCUUCCAGUGUGAGUGUUGGUUUCCCCACUCCAGUAUCUUGGCUUUUCCCCGUUUCCUUCCUCUCCACCCCGCACACUGUUUUACUGACAUUAACUCGUGCUGUUUCAUUCUUUGGCUUUUGCUCCCUUUAACAAUAAAUGCAUGUACGAAUAAUUUUUGACAGUUCCUGUUACUUUUGAUGAAUCAGUUCCGGGACUGCUUUGAAGUCCUGUGCCAAAGGAGGAAUGAAACACAACCCAGCUGCUGCUGCUGCUCCGCGGGGAGGCAGCAGAGCCAGGAGCGCGGGGAGCGGUGCAGCCCCCGCCCCUGGCCAGGCAGGUCGGGCCACCCUCUGCUCCGUCCCUUCCCCUGCCGGCAGCUCCGGCCGCCUCCCAGCCACGGGGAUAUUCGGCCUGUGUCUCUCAGAAGUUCUUCAUGGUAAGUUGCUCCAAAACAUGUGGUGACCUCAGCGUGCUCCACAUCGCUCUCAGUGCCGCGCCAGGUCUGAGUGCCCUCCAGCUGCCCGACCUCUCCUCUGACAGCUUCACUCACCCCUCGUGGUGCAAACCAUGUCACCUUUCAACUAUUUGCCUUCCAGCCCCGAGGUGCUGGACCUGAGCCUCUCCCGGGGCUUCUACACCAGCAGCUCUGUUUUCGCAGGGAAUGUAACCAAGCUCUGACCUCGCCCAAGUAGAGUUUUUUCACGCCUGCUGUAACCCCCUCUGUUACAGAUGGAGCUGACAGUGCAGCACUCGUGUAAAGCCACUCCGCCAGGGGUGGCUCGAACACGGGGCAUGGCUGUAUAGUGCUUUAUGAUUUUCAGGGAUUCAGGGAAUUCAAGGUUGUCGAUUCUGACGUCCUGUAGACCCCAGGGAAUGACAUUUCAUCCAGAAGCCCCACACUCAGCCUGCUGGUUCCAGUUUCACUGACGUGUCUUGCAGAACGUCGAGCUGAGGAUGUCAGAAGUCAGCUGUUGUCCUUGGCUACAGACUUAGUGCUUUGUCACCUUUGCUGUUUUAAAACAGAAAAAAACAAAACCAAAACAAAUUCCGACCAACUUCUAGGCUGUGAUUCUUUCCAUAUCCCCCUGUACAGGCUGAGCAGUGUUUAUCGCAUUUAAAGCAUAUUUGUGUUUUAUAACUGGGUCUGACUGUGGAUGGAGCCAAGGCUUGGCUCUGUUUCUGCUGCAACAGGGAGAAUUUCUAAAUGAUGUAUUCUGAUCACUCUUCUUUGGGACCAUGGUGCCUUUUUAAUCAGGACAGUAAAUCUUGUCCCAGGAUUCUGUACUUUUGUACAUUAACAGUUGUUGACUUUCCUUUUUGUGGUGUGUCCCAAAUAAAUUAAUAUAACGUA